AACUUCUCCUCCAAGCACAGACCUUCACUAUUUGUCCUCGCUUUCUCAACCCUUCUAGUUUGCAUUUGAUUACUGCUCAGAAAUUUUACCUCCCUCUUUUCACUCUUGAUGAUAGCCUUAAUCCCAGAGAGGUGAAAAUAUAAGAAAAGCAAGCGACUUUUGGAGUUGGAAAAGGAGAUAAGAUGGAAGGUUCACACAAGAAAAAGGGUAAAAGACCCAACCUUUUGGCCGAUACUGUGUUUUCUUGGUCCCUUGAUGACAUUUUCAACGAACGUCUCUUCAAGAACAAGGUGGAAAAGAUUCCUGAAUCAUUUGACUCUGUUGAGCAUUACUUCGGGUGUUAUAUGUAUCCUUUAUUGGAAGAAACACGAGCGCAAGUCCAUUCAAGUAUGGAAACUAUUUACAGGGCACCAUUUGCUAAAGUAGUUGCUUUUGAAAAAGCCAAGCCAUAUGGGACAAAGCUAUAUAAUAUCAAGGUGGAUUACUGGCGAAACAGGUUCAAUGACCGUGGCAAGGAGCCAUACAAAACUUUGCCCGGUGAUCUUUUUGUUUUAGCAAAUGCUAAACCUGAAACUGUUUCAGAUUUACAAAGGGUAGGGAGGUCAUGGGCUUUUGCAUCGGUCACUAAAGUCUCGGAAAAUGAGAACAAGGAUGACACUACUUCUCUUUAUUUUAAAGUCAAGGCUUCCAAAGAGCUUGAAGUCGUAAAGAGCACAACACCACUGUUUAUGGUUUUUCUAGUGAACUUAAUCCCAAAUGGAAGAAUAUGGAAAGCUUUGCACAUGUCCAAAAACCUGAAGAUUAUCAAGGAGGUUCUGUGCACUGAUUCUGUGGCUCAGAAAAAUCUCUGCUCUGAAAAGAACAAUGACAUUGUGAAUAAGAGAUUAGUUCAGAGUUUAUCAUCUGGUUUGAAUGAAUCCCAGACUGGGACCAUUCUGGCCUGUCUUGAAAUGCUGCAUUCUCAUGAAAAGUCUGCUGUGGAACUAAUUUGGGGUCCUCCUGGUACUGGAAAAACUAAAACUAUCGUGACUCUACUUUUAACCCUGCUACAGAUGAAUCGUAGGACUCUUGUCUGUGCCCCAACAAAUGUUGCAAUAACUGAAGUUGCUUCUCGCGUUGUGAAGAUGGUGACUGAAGUAGAGUCCAGUGCUUUGUUUUGUUCUUUGGGAGAAGUUCUUCUAUUUGGGAAUAAGGAGCGACUGAAAGUUGGCUCAGACAUUGAAGAGAUAUAUUUAGAUUACCGUCUCAAAAGGCUUGUUGAGUGCUUAGGGCCACGGACUGGUUGGAGGCAUUGCUUUGCUUCCAUGAUAGAUUGUCUUGAAGAUGGUGUUUCUCACUACCAUACUUUUUUGGAAAAUGAGUUUACUAUUGAGAAGGAACCAAAGGCUAUAGGUCAAAUGAAAGCGAAAGAAAGCAGAAUUGUCGCUAAAGCUGGCAAGGACACAUGCAAAACAUUUCUGGAAUUUAUUAGAGACAGAUUUGUUACUACUGCAUCACCUCUAAGAUAUUGCCUUUCUAUCUUCUGUACCCACAUGCCGAAAAAUUACAUUUCCGUGGAUAAUUUCCAAAACAUGGUUUUGCUUGUCAAAUUGGUUGACUCCCUUGAAUCAUUGUUGUUUCAAGUUAAUGUUGCUUCUGAAGCACUUGAAGACAUUUUCUCACAUUCUGAAGUUGAAGACAUAUCAGAGACAUGUGCUGAUAACUCGUUUCUUCUAUUCACAAAUAGAAGAGAAUGCCUUAAAGUCUUACACAAUCUAUUUGACUCUCUGAGUGAACUUCACCUUCCGGAUUUUAUGAAUCAAGAGUCUCUAAUGGCAUUUUGUUUUCAAAGUGCUUCCUUGAUAUUUUGCACCGCAUCCAGCUCAUAUAAGUUGCAUAAAUUGGCAAUGGAGCCUCUAAGCAUUGUGGUUAUUGACGAAGCUGCGCAAUUGAAAGAGUGUGAAUCAACAAUCCCCCUUCAACUACCAGGCGUGAAGCAUGCCGUGCUUGUUGGUGAUGAAUGUCAGUUACCAGCUAUAGUGAACAGCAUUGUUUCUGAUGAAGCUGGUUUUGCAAGAAGCUUGCUUGAGAGGUUAAGCUCAGUUGGUCACUCAAAACACCUCCUAAAUAUGCAGUACAGGAUGCAUCCAUCAAUAAGUUUCUUCCCAAAUUCUAGUUUCUACAAUAACAUGAUCCUGGAUGCUCCAAAUCUUAAAAGGAGAAGCCAGGAGAAAAACUAUCUUAAAGGGUCAAUGUUCGGUCCUUAUUCUUUUAUCAAUGUCAUUGGUGGACGAGAAGAGAAGGAUGAGGAUGGACGUAGUCGAAAGAAUAUGGUUGAGGUUGCUAUUGUUUCACAAAUACUGCGGAAACUGUAUAAAGAAUGGGUUGAUUCAAAACAGAAUCUUAGUAUUGGUAUAGUAUCUCCAUAUGCUGCUCAAGUAGUUGCAAUCGAGGACAAACUUGGACAGAAGUAUAAUAAUCUUGAUGGAUUUAUAGUGAAGGUGAAGACAGUUGAUGGGUUCCAGGGUGGGGAAGAGGACAUCAUUAUAUUUUCCACUGUACGAUCCAAUUGUCAACAGUCACUUGAGUUUAUUUCAAAACCGCAAAGAAUUAAUGUUGCUCUUACAAGGGCUAGGCACUGUCUGUGGAUUUUGGGGAAUGAAAGAACUCUAUGUGAUAGUGAGUCUGUUUGGGAGGCCUUGGUCCUUGAUGCCAAAAAUCGCCAAUGCUUUUUCAAUGCUGAUGAAGACAAGGAUUUAGCCAAGGCCAUAUUAGAGGUGAAGAAACAGUUCGACCAACUAGAUGAUUUGCUUAAUGCUGACAGUGUACUUUUCAGAAGUGCUAGAUGGAAGGUACUUUUUAGUGAUAACUUUUUGAAGUCAUUCAAGAAACUGAUGUCAGUCCGUUUGAAGAGGUCAGUGCUAAAUGUUCUACUAAAGCUUGCCAGUGGCUGGAGACCGAAGAUGCAAAAUUCAGAUGUAAUCUGUGGCAACUCUUCACUGAUCUUGAAGAAAUUCAAGGUUGAAGAUCUAUAUAUUGUUUGCACAACAGACAUAGCAAAGGAUUUGAGAUACAUUCAAGUAUUGAAGAAUUGGGACAUAUUGCCUAUAGAGGAUGUCCCAACGUUGGUAAAUCGCCUGGACAAUAUAUUAAACAAAUAUACAGAUGAUUAUAUUAAUCUCUGCAAGGAGAAAUGUCUUGAGGGUGAUUUGGAAGUUCCAAAGAGCUGGCCAAGUUCUUUGGAAUUUAUUCGGUUUAAGGAUCUUAGCUUCACUGAAAUCCAGAAUGAUUUAGUUGGUGACACUUCUCAUGGUAGAAGUUAUGCUGAGAAUUCACGUGUCAGCGAAAGUUUGUUACUGAUGAAAUUUUACUCACUAUCAUCUGGGGUGGUAAACCACUUGCUGUCUGAUCAUGAGGGUAGAGAACUGGAUCUUCCGUUUGAAGUUACAGACCAAGAAUUGGAGAUUAUCCUUUAUCAGAGAAGUUCCUUUAUAGUUGGACGGUCAGGAACUGGGAAAACCACAGUUUUAACCAUGAAAUUAUUUCAGAAAGAGCAGUGGCACCAGUUGGCAGUGCGAGGAUGCCAUAUUAGUGAAAGCAACAAGGUUGAACAGAGUUUGGCAGCCACUGAGGGGAAAGUUCUACACCAGCUUUUCGUGACAGUGAGUCCAAAGCUAUGUUAUGCUAUCAAGCAACAUGUUUUACACUUGAAAAGAUUUGCAUCUGGUAGAAGUCAUUCAACUGAAACCGGUUUGAUUGAUAUGAUUGAUUUUGAUGAGGAUGAAGCUCAAUUUAACGAUAUCCAAGAUUCAUUUCAUGAAGUUCCUGCCCAUUCUUACCCUCUUUUCAUCACAUUGCAUAAGUUCUUGAUUAUGCUUGAUGGAACAUUGAGAAACUCAUACUUUGAAAGAUUCCUUGAUGCAACUGAGGUUACUCAUGGUCAACUACGAAGUUCAAGAUCAAUUGCCUUGCAGACUUUUAUAAGGACAAAGGAAGUCAGUUAUGAGAAGUUUAGUUCAUUAUACUGGCCUCAUUUUAAUACCGAGUUAACAAAGAAGCUUGAUGCUUCAAGAGUCUUUACAGAGAUUAUUUCUCAUAUAAAAGGUGGCCUGGGAGCUCUAGAAGCGUGUGAUGGUAAAUUGAGUCGAGAGGAUUAUGUUCAACUGUCAGAGAGCCGAGCUUCCAAUCUAACCAGCCAAGAGCGAGAAGUUAUAUAUGACAUUUUUCAGAUGUAUGAAAAAAUGAAGUUGGAAUAUGGUGAAUUUGAUCUUGCUGAUUUUGUUACUGAUCUUCACCGUCGACUCAGGCAUGAAAAGUAUGAGGGGGAUCAUAUGGACUUUGUUUAUAUUGAUGAGGUUCAGGAUCUCACAAUGAGUCAAAUUGCCUUGUUUAAACACAUGUGCCACAAUGUUGAAGAGGGUUUUGUUUUUUCGGGUGAUACUGCUCAAACAAUUGCAAGGGGUAUUGAUUUCAGAUUUCAAGAAUUACGACAUCUAUUCUACAAGAAAUUUAUGUUGGAGUCAAGAAGCAAUAAGCACUAUGAAGGUAAGGAAAAGGGCCAAAUCUCAGAAAUUUUUCACUUGACUCAAAACUUUCGUACCCAUGCUGGAAUCCUCAAGCUAUCACAAAGCAUUGUUGAACUUCUUUAUCAUUUUUUCCCCCUUUCCAUUGAUGUUUUAAAACCUGAAAGCAGUUUGAUAUAUGGGGAAGCUCCAGUAUUGCUUGAAUCUGGAGAAAAUGAAAAUGCAAUCAUAAAGAUAUUUGGAAAUACUGGAAAUAUAGUUGGAUUUGGUGCUGAGCAGGUAAUUUUGGUGCGAGAUGAUAGUGCUCGAAAUGAGAUAUCAAAACUUGUAGGGAAGCAUGCUCUUGUGCUAACCAUUGUCGAGUGCAAGGGCCUUGAGUUUCAGGAUGUUCUCUUAUACAACUUUUUCGGAUCAUCACCUUCGAGAAAUCAAUGGAGGGUAAUAUACGAUUACAUGAAUGAACUAGAUUUACUCGACCACACAUUACCCAGGGGCUUUCCAAGUUUUAAUGUAGCCAAACACAACAUAUUGUGCUCUGAACUGAAACAACUAUAUGUGGCUGUUACACGCACGAGACAGAGAUUGUGGAUAUGUGAGAACUUUGAAGAUCUCUCCAAACCAAUGUUUGACUACUGGAAGAAGAAGUGUCUUGUGCAAGUUAAGCAACUGGAUGAUUCCCUUGCACAUGCAAUGCAAGUUGCAAGCAGUCCAGAGGAGUGGAAGUCACGUGGCAUGAAGCUAUAUCAUGAACAUAACUACGAAAUGGCCACAAUGUGCUUUGAAAGAGCAGGUGAUGCUUACUGGGAAAGAAGGUCUAAAGCUGCUGGUCUUAAAGCACUCGCUGACCAUAUGCGAACGUCAAAUCCUGAAGAGGCUAAAUCUAUUCUCAGGGAAGCUGCUGAAAUAUUUGAUGCUAUAGGCAAGGCAGAUUCUGCGGCGAGAUGUUUUUCUGAUUUGGGGGAGUAUGAAAGAGCUGCUAGGAUAUACUUGAACAAAUGUGGCGAGUCUGAACUGGAGAGAGCCGCGGAAUGUUUUUCUCUAGCAGGAUGCUAUGAGGAGGCUGCAGAUGUGUAUGCCAAGGGAAAUUUUUUCUCAGAGUGUCUCACUGUUUGUGGCAAGGGAAGACUAUUUGAAAUGGGUUUGGAAUACAUCAAUAAUUGGAAACAGCAUGCAGAAGAGGACAGUGCUAUGAGUACAAGGGGAAAUGGAAUAAAUAGAAUGGAGCAUGAGUUUUUAGAGAGCUGUGCACUUCACUAUUAUAAUUUGAAUGAUAACAGAUCCAUGAUGAAAUUUGUUAAAGCUUUUCAUUCUAUAAUUUUGAUGCGAAACUUUUUGAAGAGGUUGGAUAACCUUGAUGAGCUUUUGUUGUUGGAGGAAGAAUUUGGAAAUUAUCUGGAAGCUGCAAACAUCGCACAGCUUAAAGGUGAUAUUCUACUUGAAUCUGAUUUCCUUGGAAAGGCAGGUAAGUUCAAAGAGGCCUCACUGCACAUACUAUUCUACGUACUUGCCCAGUCUCUUUGGUCAUCUGGCAGCAAGGGCUGGCCUCUGAAGAAGUUUCCACGACAGGAGGCUCUUUUGGCACAAGCCAAGUCACUUGCCAAGAAUGAGACAGACAACUUUUAUGAAUUGGUUUCCACUGAGGUUGAUAUUUUAUUAAAUGGGAUGGAUAGGUUGGCUGUUUUGAAAAAUCAAAUCAAUUCUUCUGAGAGACAUAAGAGUAUUAGAGGGGAAGUGUUAUCAGCUAGAAAAAUUUUGGAUGCCCAUCUUUCUCGAAGAACUGAUAAGUAUAUAUGGGAAACAGAAUUGAUUGGUGAUCUUGUACAGCAUUCAGAAGAGAAAAUAUCUAAAAAUCAAGUUUCCAUCGAUUCACUCAUAUACUUCUGGAAUUCUUGGAAGGAGAAGAUUCUUCACAUAAUUGAAUCUGUAGGUUGUUUGGAAACACAAGACUACAAAGGUUAUGUAGAGUUUGGUUUUACUUUCUUAGGAGUGUGGAGGCUGUAUCAUAAUCUGAGUCCAGUGUAUGUUUUACUCAUCUCUGAUGCUGAUUGGGUUAGAGGUCUGGACAAAAGACAUUUCCAAAGUUAUGAGAAGUUGGUCUCCAUUGAUGUUCACCAACUCAUUCCAGCUGCUCAAAAUUUUUGGUGUUCAGAACUGGUCUCUGUUGGCAUUAAGGUUUUGGAAAAGCUUGAAGCACUUUUCAAGUUCCCAGUCAAGAGUCCUGAUUCAAUUUUCUUUCAAAGCAGGGCUCUUACUCUGAUCUAUGAUGUUGGAAAAUAUCUUUUGGAUUCCAAGUGUCUGAAGCAAAGGAAUCAAGAUACCAUGACACUACAGAAGUUUGUAACCUUUUCGACUGAAAAAUAUAUUACUUGCAUAUUUCCUUUAGAUUGGAGGAAUUCAGCAAGAGAGAAUAUGAUUUCUCUUAGAAGAACUGAUGCUUCCCAAUCUAUGCUGAAACAAGUAAUAGUUGAAUGUAUCAGCGGGAAGAACAAGAUGUCUUAUGGGCAAAUUGGAAACGUCAUCAUGAUCAUUCUUGGGUCUGGUAAGCCUAGUAGUGAACUUCACAGCAUGAUUGUGCAAAAGCUGACCUGCAACCCGCCAUGGAUGUCAUUCGUUGAGACUUUGUGUGAGAAGGAUAUGGGACCUUGGAGUCGUAGUGGAGAACCUAAACAGACAUCCGUUUUGUGGCGAUUCUAUGAAGCAUUAGUCGAAACUUAUAGUGCAAACUGGAGGGCUCUUCAUGACUACAUAUCACCUGGUUGCUUCUUGUAUCUUGUAGAGCGCCUUUUGACUUUGGCCUCUUGCUUUCAUGGUUUUGUUAUCUCCACGAGUUCAAGUUUUAUAGAAUGGCUGAUAUACAAGGAUGGAGAUACCAUCAUAAGUUCACCAUCCCUGGGAGAGAUUGCUGAUUUUGUGACUGAUGUUGUUCGAGAUUGUAUUUAUAAAAGGGGGAAUAUGAUUGAUUGGAUUAGAAAAACUGAUGCAGAUGGGAAGAGUUCUUAUCCACUACUCAUGUUGAGAUUGGUUAUUCUACUAUGCUUGCUUCUUGUGAACUUCGGGAAGUCUUUAGAUAUGCUCUUUGAUAUUCUGGGGAAGAACUAUGUCAUUGGAGUACUGCCCAAGGAAUUUGUUGAGGCCCUUAAGAAGGGGAGGAAAGACAGAUCUGCGAGUGCCUGUGUGCUAGCUAUAGCUACUGCUCUUAAGAAGAUUGGUAAUCCUUUAGUAAUUGCAAGUUUCGGGUUCAAUUGUUCAAGGUUCUUAUGCACAGAUGCCAUUUAUGUUGACAUGGUAUUAAACCCGAGCAAGGAUGACGUGCUUGGGAAAUUCUUCCCACCUGUUGUCCCAGCUUCACAAAGCCGAAUGAGCCCUGUUGAAGGGGAAGGUAAUAAUCGUUAUACUGUUCUGUCGGAUGCUGAAGACACUCACAGUGAAGAUGAGGAGAUUUGCAUUUCCAAUGAGUCGAAGCCGAAGGGCCCAGAACCUGAUGCUGCUUCUGCAACCCAUGGGAAGAAAAAGGGCAAUCCCAAGAAACACAAGGGGAAAAAGGGCCGAAAGUAGCCAUCAAAUUCGUUGAUAGAGAUGCUACUUGAAUAUUUUGUAGUGUAGGAAAGUUGGUAAGUUGAUGUACAUCAAACAGAUUAUCUUCCACUAGUAUUUUUAAUCCAUUCAAGGUAGCAAUGUUGUUGGUGA